AUGUCACAAGUGUUACCAAAAUCAGCGUCGAGAUCAAGCAUAUACCCACAACCUCAUCACUCAUCAUCAUCAUCACUGCCACCACAACCACCACCACCACCACCAACUGAUGCAGAAAACUUACCUUCCAUUUCAUCUCCUGACACAUCCAGACUGAGGGAAGUUUGCAAGAAAUGUAGCAAUUUAAUUAGCGAAGGACAUGCAUAUGAAUUAGGCGAAGAUAGAUGGCACAUUGACUGCUUUAAUUGCUCAAAAUGCAACACUUCAUUGGGCUGCAACUCAAACUUUCUAGUGUUGGGUAAUGGGAACUUGAUCUGCUCCAAUUGCUCAUACAAUUGUAAACAAUGCGGUCGCAAGAUUGACGAUUUGGCAAUCUUGACAGGAGACCAGGCCUAUUGCUCCAAUUGUUUCAAAUGCAGAUCCUGUAAAAACAAGAUUGAAGACUUGAGAUAUGCGAGAACAUCAAAAGGUUUAUUUUGUAUGGACUGCCACGAAAAGUUGAUGGCGAAGAAGAAGAAAUAUGAUGCACGAAAGAAACAUUUGGCAUUAUUACAGCAAAAACAGAAACAGUUGGAAAAGGAAAAAGAUGCCAGAGAACUGCAAAUCUUGGAGGAACAUAAACGACUCAGUGCCAAUAGCUCAAGAAACAGUUUGAUUCAAUCCUAUAUGUUGCAAAACUAUAAUGACUCAACAACCAGUUUUUACAAACAAGAAAAUGGCUCAACAAACUCAGUAACCUCGCACAAGAAUAAGUCAUUACCGGUUCCACCAACCACUUCUUCAAGGUCACCCAAAACCAUGGAGUCGCCAAAUAAUAACAGCGACAAAAACAUGGAGAAUAAUAGCGACAAAAACAAUACCAAUAGUAAUAGUGAAAGUAGUCUUCAGCAGCCAUCAUAUUUACAAUCUAGCUAUCAUUCACAAGAAACUAUCUUGAAGCUGCUGCCGAAUACCAAUUAUGUGCUUGAAGCGCCAAAAAGAAAAUUACCUCCCGUUGAUAACGAUUUCUCUAUAGAGGAAGUGCAAAACUCAUCUGAUUCUGAAAACGAAGACAAGCAAACCCCAACUGGUAAUAUGAGUGCCACAUUGAGGAACAGAAGCUCAAACUCAAGACCCACAACAAGUCAAUCAACACCAUUGACUACCGCAGAUUAUGAAGAUGAAUUCAAAACCCCAAAUAUGGAUAGUAGUCUGUCAGACCGCGAUCAAAAGCUCUACUUGGACAUUGUUACUACUCCCUCGGAAGAAGUCACUUCAAGUUCUAAUCAGUUGAAGCCUGCUGCUGAUGUUAUUCCCAGAAAGGGCUCAAAAUCAUCUUACUCAUCGGAGAAAAUUGAAACUCAAAGCCAAAGUAGUCUGAACCAGGGUAGACCCCAGCUUGAAAGUCUGAACCUGAACCUGAAUCUGAACCUGAACCUGAACCUUGCGGUUGAAACUAGAGGCAAGAAUCUUUUACUCUUUUCGCCGAACCAAUUUCACGAUAACGAGUUUCAUAAUACUACAAUUAGAUCUCCCAUGGUUGAUUCUCCAGGUACUUUACUAAGUCGAAACUCAAGUAUCCAUGGCAAUGACAACACAAAACUUCAAGCUUUAAACUUUGAAGAGUCAAGACCUGUGAGUACUUCACCAUUUGCAAAAGCGAAUAGACAAGCAAGAGUAGUAGAGACAAAUGACGAGAUUUCCACUGAUAUAAUUGCUGGCGAUGAUGAGAUUAUUCCUCAGGUGAUCUCGACACCUAGGUCAAAGUCGAAACCGGAAAAUACAAUUCAACUAUCAUCUCCACCACCCAAAGUACCACUUCCUAGUACUCCUGUGAGAAGGAAAGAAGUUGCACCAGCCAGUAAUCGACCCAAGUUUGAAGAAUCUGCACAUCAAGGGUUGGGAUUGGAAGGGGUCAAAUAUGGUGGACACGAUCAUGAGAAUGAGGGUAGCGAAGGCAUAGCUAUAAAGAAACCUCGAGACAAAGAUCUUGAUGAUAGUGAUAACCGCGGCAGCAAUAAGUAUAAAGAAAUUGCACAAACGCAUCCUGGACAAAUCUACGACCAACAGCAACAACAACAACAACAACAACAACAACAACAACAACAACAACAACCUCAUCAUCAUCGUAACUAUAGCGGCAGCAAUACUCCAAUUGUGCAAACUCCAAGUAGUUUGAAUAUGGGUCUGCAAAGAAUUAUCAAGAAUGCAACGCCUUCCGUAACUAACUUGGAGAACCUGCCAACACCUGAUGGUGAACAUCUUCAUCAGUCACAACAAGAACAACAACAACAACAACAACAGCAACAACAGGCUAAAGAGUCGUCAGUCUCGCGUACAACGUCAAUUAUUCGAAACUUGAAACAUAAGAGAUCGACGUCAGGAAAUAGUCUGACUAAAUUUGGAUUUUUCAAAUCACCUAGAGAAGAAUCACUCAAGUCGCAAGGAGGACAUGUUCGUCGCACCUCAGAUGCCUCAGUCGCUAGUAAUGUUUUUAAUAAUUAUUUUAAUCCCGCAACUUUCAAUAAUAAUGGACAUUCGCCAAAUAGUCAUGUUAGACUGACUUCGGAUUCUACAACGAUGUUUGCUUCUGAGAAUGACUUUUUUGAUGUCAAACUGUUAAAGCAAGAGCUUUCGAAACUUUCGAGUGAAAAAUUUAUAAUGGACCAGGAAUUUAAAAAACUCAAGAAUGAGAAACUGAAAUUAACGGACCAGCUCAAAUCCAUACAGUCGCAAAUUACCAUGGAGUCGAUAAGAUACGAUAAUUUGGUAACAGAAAUCAAAGAUUUGGAAGAACAUAAACUAAAACUUGUGGAUGAUACUAAAAACUUGGAAGAAUGUAAAUUGAAAUUAGUGGAUGAAAAUAAAGAAUUGCUGGCACAGGGUAGAGCAUUGGAAUCUGCCAAUUCCGAGAGAUCAGUUAGCAAUGAUUCCAUUUCCUAUGAUUCAACAACCAUAACUAACUCUAGCAGUAUGUCGUCAACAUCACCUUUAAAAGGUGCAUUACAUCCACAACAGCACCACCACCACCACCACUCCCAUCAACAACAUCACCAUCCACAACAACAACAACUGCUGCAACAACAACAGCAGCAACAACAACAGCAGCAACAAUACAACCCUCAACGCGAGCUCAGGAAUCCUGUGCAACAGAAUCAACAACAUCUUCAAAACGCUCAUCGAAAUUCGUUCUAUCAACAAAACAUCCCUCAGGAAUCUCCACAGAAACCAAGCCAACUCAAUGGGCAACCUGAUCAAAAUGCUCAAGCACAAGAGAUGCAACCACCUCCUGUUGAAGAGGAACAAACACAUAAGGCAACCCGUUUAAAGUUCUGGAGACGUCCAAAGAACACCACUCCUCAAGUUGUUACAACAAACAGUACAGACAAUAACCUGAACAAUCUGAAUAACAUGAACAAUUCAAACAAUCAGUCUCGUAUUCCUAAUAGUUUUUCGUCACAAGCGUUGCGUAUUCCAUUGAAUGGAUUAAAUUACAAUAAUGCAUCUGGUCAAGCAUAUGGCAAUAGUAAGUUUUCGAAGUCAACAUCUUCAAACAUAUUGGAUACAUUAUUGAAUGGCGGAGGAAGUGAUAGUAACAACAACAACAACAACAAUAACAACCACAAUUCCAAUAAUGGCAAGGAUGGACAUGUCCCGCCAUUAUUCAACUCCUCGAUACAAAGCCGUGCUCAAUUUGAAAAUAGUUCAAUACCAUUUAUAAUAACGAGAUGUUUGAAGGAAGUUGAAGAUAGAGGUAUGGAUUUUGAAGGUAUAUACCGUGUAUCUGGUGGUAAUUCUGCUGUUGUUGCUAUUGAAAACGCGUUUUCCAAUCUCCACACCCAGUCUGCUAAUUUGGACGAAAAGCAAUUGAAUAAACUAGAGAGUUUACUUUCCGAUGGCGAUAUUCAUGCUGUUACCACAGCGCUCAAGAGGUAUUUGAGAAAAUUACCAGACCCGGUAGUGCCAUAUGCAUUGUAUGACGAGUUUAUCAAUAUUGGACAAUCUUCACCAGAUGCGAGGUUACCAGAGCUUACGCAAUUUUUGAGAAAACUUCCUCCUGCGAAUCAAUCAACACUCAGAGAGUUGUGUGCACAUUUACAAAAAGUCAACGAUAUGAAUCACUUAAAUAGAAUGGGGUUCAAGAACCUCAGUGUGGUUUUCGCGCCAACUUUAGCAAGAGACGAAUCAGGAGAGCGCGAGAUGACUGAUAUGGGACAUAGAAAUGAUUUGACAGAAUUGUUGUUGCGUGAGCUGAACCAGAUAUUUACUUGA